AUGGCGACAUCGGCAGCGGUGACACGCUACAAGCUCAUCUUCCACGCGCCGCUGUCGGCGGUGGCGGCGUGCAAGCAGGCGAUCUUCGCGGCCGGGGCGGGCCGGUACCCCAACUACAGCGAGUGCGCCUUCACGGUGGUGGGGACGGGCCAGUUCCGGCCGGGGGACGCGGCGAGCCCGCACAUCGGCAAGGCGGGCGCGCUGGAGGAGGUGCAGGAGGCGGUGGUGGAGACGCUGUGCGUCGGGGAGGAGACGACGCGGGAGGCUGUUGACGCGUUGAAGAAGGCUCAUCCUUACGAGGAGCCAUCCUACCAUGUCUACAAGCUGGAGGACUUCUGA